UGAUUGAUGUUGGAAAUCCAUGGCAGACGAGAAUGCGAAAUUGACUGACUGCUACUACGAGAAGAAGGACUGGAGAGCCUGCAAAGACGAGGUAUGUCGGCCCCAAGACCUUUGGUUUCGACGGACAAGCCAGGCUCACAGCAAAGCGAACAGAUGGAAAGAUUCAGGCAGUGCUGGAAAUUGAAGGGUAAUGAUACGAGGACGGAUACAAAAAAUGCGUAACCAUCGCUGUUAGCAACGCUUCCUUAAACGCU